AUGCAGGUAUGCAAUCAUUACCUACAUUUUCUGCUCCAGGUGAACGUCACCGUCUUAUAUGAGUCGUACUGCAAGGACAGCUCGUCGUUCAUCACGAAACAGCUGUGGCCCGUGUACAAGCAGCUCAAGAACCAGAUGACCGUCGAUCUGGUGCCCUACGGCAGGUCAAAAACGAAAGAGUCGAGUUCAGGCGGCCCUGCCACCUUCGUGUGUCGACACGGAGCAGCCGAAUGUCUCGCCAACAUUGUUCAUUCCUGCGCCAUCGCCCUUUACCCGAACACGGCGCUACACCUCAACUUCAUAGCCUGCACCAUGAAGACCUGGAAGCCAGAGCGAGCCGUGAAGAAGUGUACGCGCGGCGGUCCCAUGGACAGCCAGAAAAUCCAAGGUUGUGUGAGCUCUUCCCAGGGAAAGAACCUUUUCCAGAAAAUGGGUGCCAGAACCGCGGCAUUGAAGCCUCCCAUCACGAUCGUGCCGAGCGUCGUCAUCGACGGGACAUUCAAUAAGAAGGACCAGAAGAAGAUUCGGAAGGACCUCAAAGCAGCCGUCUGCCGUCAUUUCAAGCCGCCCGUGCCAGAGGCGUGCGAGAAGAAGAAGAGAGGAUUGUUUCGAAAAAGGUGA